GACACAUCUUCUUCAAGGUCCCUCCACCAGCGACAGAAUUCUCAUCAAUUCCAUCUCUACCUCUACGAUUUUUGUUUCAUCUAUUUACUGACGAACUAUCUUUUCUCUGGUCUUGUCGCAAUUAUAGCGCAUUCACACAAUGCAGACCGAGCACGACACUAUCGUCCAGCGUAUCUCCGCGCAAGUCCGCGAGUUUGACAAAGCCAAAAUCCCCUUUCGCAUCUAUCAUGGCUCAACGCUUUCGACACGGACAUCUGCACGGCGACGAAGUCAGAUCAUAGAUACGUCGAGUCUCAACAAUAUCCUUUCUUUUGAUCAUGAGAAAAAACGCGUGUGGGUGGAGCCGAAUGUUCCGAUGGACCACCUUGUCCGUGCCACUCGUGCAGUAAAGUUUCUUCCAAAAGUAGUAAUGGAGCUUCCAAAUAUUACUGCUGGAGGAGGGUUUGCAGGCACUUCCGGGGAAAGUAGUUCAUUCAAACAUGGUCUAUUCGAUCGAACAAUCAUUGGUAUAGAGAUUGUGCUUGGCAAUGGCGAUGUUAUAAAAGCUAGUGGAGAGGAUCCCGAAACGAGAGAUUUGUUUUUCGGCUGCGCGGGAAGCUGCGGUAGCCUGGGGGUAAUUACAGCGUUACAGAUGGAGCUCAUAGAUGCAAAAGAAUUCGUCGAACUGGAAUACGUUCCAGUCAGCAGCAUACAAGAAAGCAUUGAAGUCCUCCAGCGAGCCGAGAAAGAUGCGAGCGUAGAUUACAUCGAUGGCAUUCAAUUCGCUUUGGACAGAGGUGUGAUAAUGCUCGGGCGACUAUCCGCAAAUAUUCUACCAGGCACGGAACCACGAACAUUCAACCGUGCUACAGAUGCUUGGUUCUAUAUGCACGCCGAACAAGUUCUGGAAAAGCACCUUGGGGACGAGGUAUGCUUCAAGGAGAGCAUUCCUGUGGAUUCCUAUCUAUUUCGAUACGAUAGAGGUGUUUUCUGGUCAGGACUUCGAGCGUUUUCUUACUUUGCCACACCUUUUAACAGUAUCACACGAUACCUGCUGGAUCCAUUCAUGUAUUCGAGGACUAUGAUUCACGCAUUACAUCGGUCAGGUCUCGCCUCACAGGCCAUCAUUCAGGACCUAGCAGUACCAUACGAAAAAGCUGAGGACUUUAUCCGCUGGACAGAUGAAAGAACUGGACUCUGGCCACUUUGGUUGUGCCCUGUCAAGCCAUCUCCGCAGGGUGAGAAGAGCUUCUCGAUGGGUAAACAGAUUGGACCUGAAAUGCAGCUGGAUAUCGGCAUCUGGGGAAUGGGGCCCAAAGAUCCUUAUCAGUUUAUCAAGUUGAACAGAGACUUCGAACGCAAGGUGGAAGAGCUGGGUGGACUGAAGUGUCUUUAUGCCCAUGCCUACUACACUCAGGAUGAAUUCUGGCGAAUAUACGACGAAGAUGCUUACAAUAAGUUAAGGAAUAAAUACCAUGCUGAGUCGCUACCUUCCGUUUACGAUAAGGUAAAGGUCGAUUUGAAAGGGAUAGCAGGGGGUGUCAGCCCACAGAAAUCUGAAACAUGGACAGAGUGGUUGAAGCGAAGCUUCUGGGGGACUUGGCCAUUAGGCGGACUCUACGGUGUGGCGAGUGCGACGAAAGGUCUUCUUGUGCAGAGUGAUUUCUUACUGAAGAAGUAGAAACGAGUUGCUCAAGCGACAUGAUGAAUCCUCUAUUAAUGCAACAAUGAACUGAUAUAGCGGUGCGGAGGUGAGACAAUGGGGGUCAACCCAAACUUGUUGUCGCAUCCUCAUAUCUGUAGUCACAUGAAUACGAAACGUACCUGGUACAGCUUGGCGUAGCCUAAUUCAUGUCAUUU